AUGAGUUUCAAAGACGUUGCACUUGGAAAUGAUCUAACAACAUCUUCGGGUCACAACAACUGGAAAUUGGGUCGUCAGGAUAUUGUAGCAAAAAUUAUUAUCCAUCCUGGUUUCAAUAUAGACACUCUUGAUAAUGAUGCUGCUUUACUCCAAAUGAGAUCGCCUAUCGUAAUGACCGAUUCAAUACGACCGAUAACUUUAACUGAAAUAGGCCAGGAACCUGUUGCUUAUUCCCCUGCUAUCAUAACUGGAUGGGGCGAUGUAAAGGAAAAUGCAAAUAAUGGUUCACUAUACCUGAGAGGGGCUAUAGUGCCAGUAAUAGGAAGAAACUUUUGCAGAGGUUUAAAUUCAGGACUAUAUACCUCAGUUAAUGACAAUAUGUUCUGCGCCGGUUAUAUAGAUGGCGGAGUUGACACAUGUACUGGAGACAGUGGUGGACCAAUAAUUGAUAUGGAAGCCAACCAAAUAGGAAUAACUUCGUGGGGUAUAGGAUGUGGUAGAGAGCACGCCCCUGGAAUUUACACCAGAAUUGGUGCUUCCAGCAUCAGGAAUUUUAUAAACGUACAGACUGGAGUAUAA